GCCACGACACCACAGCCAGCUGACUACCAAGCACAGCUAGGACAUUAAACAACAAUGCAACAAUUAGAGGGUCUACCACCAGUAAUGACCUCUCAACCUGAAAGAGAACUCUGUUUUGUCACCUGGAACACUCAGGGUAUUAAGGAAACAAACAAUUUUCAGCACAAGUGUUUACAGUGGGAGCGCACACUAAACACUCUUAAAGCUGAUAUUGCCUUCUUACAAGAGACACACGUUGGGCUAAAGGAUUGCGACAUCUACAAGUGGAUUACUAAAAGCUGGAAAGUCUACUUCACUGUGUACAGCUCUCGAAGCAAAGGAGUUGCAAUACUAAUAAGAGAUGAUAAGGAUUUUGAGUACAUAUGCCAUGAUGAAGAUCACAGUGGACGUUACAUUGUGCUCUUCUGUCGUCUAUAUGGUGAACUGUACACUCUUGUUAAUGUGUACAAUCAUAAAGCAGACAAAAAUGUACUGUAUACUUUGAAAGACUAUUUACAGGAAACAGCUGAGGGUGUGCUGGUGGUUGGAGGGGAUUUCAACACAGUUUUGGAGCCUGGCAUUGAUCGGAGCCCCUCUGUUGGUCGUGAAGACCCAUUAAGAGGCAUUUUAGAAGACUUCUCUGAGUCUCUAAAUCUCAGAGACACUUGGGCACAUUUACACCCCACAGACAGAGACUUUACACGAUGUCAGAAUGACAGUUACUCCAGGUUAGACAUGUUUUUCGUGCCAGAGGACAUAAUGAGACGAGUGCAUAGGUGUGAGAUUGAAGGCAAGAAAAUCUCUGAUCAUGACCCUGUUGUCCUCACGCUAAGAGUUCAGGAGAGAUCUGAAACUAAAAAGCCAAAAGUCGCACAGAAUUUGAAGGAAUGUGGUGAAAGAAAAAUCAGGCUAGGCAAAAUCAGUGGUGCAGAAAUACUGAGUGCAAUCAAGUCGUUGACUGACUCAGGAGAAGAAAAGCCUGAUAAGUUUACAAUACGUUACUACAAAGAGAAUCGCUGUCAGCUGACAGAGGUGUUAAAGAUAGAGUACAACAACAUUUUAAAGGACAAACAGAUAGCUUCAGAUUUCAGGGAAUGUCGUUACGUAGAGGGCCGAUGCAUCUUCAAUGUGAAAUAUCUGACAUUUGUGCUAAUUUUGGCCAGGCGCCUCAAUGUGUUCCUUACCCCACCAUUUGAGCAAAAGAAAAAGAAAAUCAAAAAAAAAUCUGAGCUUAAUAUUUGUGUUAUGGUGACCUUUGCACAAGUCCCAAAGAAAAUCAAGAAGACUUUCCUAGAGCAAAGCCUUAAGGGCCUAAAAACAACCCUUAAGAGCCUCAAGAAGAGGUUUCCUCCAGCCACAAGUCUUACACUUUUCCAAUCUGCCCCUCCUCCUGACUUCAGCAUUCUGGCGAACCUUCUGCCUGAAGACAAGGAAUUCACAUGUUUGCAAGAAGGUUGUCCACUCACCAGGCCCAUUCUCAAUCUGGCACUGAAACAGCUGCAGUAUGAUCUCAUCAGAACUGGCUGCAUGACCAGUUUUUGCCAGAUCAGACAGAUUAUUGUUGUAUAUGCAGAAACACCAGAUACGUCUCAGAAAGCAGACAAUUCAGACACAUCAAUGGAAACAUCACAAGAGGCAGAUAUACUUGAGGAAGCAGAACCAGAUGCCUUCCAGAAAGUGGACACAUCAGAGUCAGACAUGUCUGAGGAAACAUUUGAGGAGGCAGAUUCAUCUGCGGAAACAGACACAUCCAUGAAAGACCAGGAAUUCCUGGAUGAAUUUGAGGAACUAUUUGAGGAAGAAGGUUUUUCUGAAGAUGAUGCCGAAACCGACAUAACUGAGGAAGCACACACAUUCAUGCAAUCAUCCCAGGAGUCGGAUGCAUUUGAGGAAGCAGAAUCAGAUACCUCUCAGAAAGCAGACACAUCGGAGAAGGAAAACAUGCUUCAGAAAGUUUGGAAACUCGUGGAGCAAUUUCAGGAAGACUCUGGGAUUAAACUGAACGUAUACCCUCCCUACAGGGAAUAAAUAAGGCUAUAGAUUUUUAUGAAUAAGCUCAAUUUUAUUUAUGCACGUUUUUGAAUCAAAUCAUGAGUACAAUAUAAAAUAGUUAUCUAAUGUCUUAUAUAUUUCUCUUCUUGCACAGCUUUAUUUCACUUCUGAAAAUGUUCCAGAAAGCAUUAACAACAAUAUAGGCAAUAGCUGUUGCUAUUAGUGUCAUUAUAAUAAAGUCAUUAUUGUCUGUAAUCUGUAUCUGUAAUACAUGAAUGUUCACUGUGUAAAACUGAAAUAAAAUCAAUGUAAUGCAUCAUUGAAAUGCUUAUGAUAAACA